AUGGACCGCCUUCGUGUUCCAAUAAUGGCGGAUUCCUUGCUCUCAUCCAUUGCUACCUUUCAUACGACGAAGAUCAUUGUUACUGAUCCAACGAAGUUUUCGUUUAUUGGCUCCAUUCCUAAAUCGAUUGUCAGUCGUAUUUCUGAGUUGAGUAAUGUUCUACAAGAACACAGGAAGCUUCCAUCGACUGGCCCGAGAGAGCUUACACAGGAAAUGGUUCGGUCAAUUGAGAAGGCUGACAAGCCAGCUAAGAGGGGCAAAAAGCCUGAAACACAUAAGGGAGAACCGGUCACCAAGCAUACCAAGGGGCACACCCCUAAGAAGCGAAAGACUGAUAAAGGUUCCCUUUCUCAGGCUCAACCGAAAAAGCAAAAGAAGCUAGCUCGGAGACUUAUUCUGCAAUCUUCAAGCGAUUUAGAAUAUGUCCCUCCUAAGCACAAAAAUUCUCCUCCAUCAGAAUCUGAGAGCGAAAGCUCGGAAGAAGAUGCUUCGGGUCGAGGUGAUACUCCACCUCGCUCUCUUACCCCAGACAUUCCAGUUCGCUCCAAUCCCCCUUCACCUAUACAUGUAACAAUCCCAGUUUUUACCUCUCAACCAUCCACUACAAGUCCCAUAUUCACAGAUACCACCACUACCACACAAACUCGCUCUACUGUUCCUGAUCCUCCUGCACCUGAACCUCCGGUCACAACCGAACCACAAGUUGCAACCGAACCUCUACCUUCUUCCAAACCUUUAUCUCCUAUGCAAUCUUCUGAAACAACCCCUAUACUGUUGGGUUUUGAGCAUUCUAACACUUCCUAA